AUGAGCGCUGUGGACGAAAUGAAACAAGCCUUGCUUAGCCCACUUCUUCAGCCCGGCGAGAGCAAGCCGCCUGACGAGGACGAUUUCCUGGACGAGCAGAAGGCCGAGCAGCCCGAUGAGCCCGAGGACUCGGAGAAGCAGAAGCAGCUGCUCGACGCCGCGGCCGAGAAUGGGCGCAACGCCGUGAACGGAAACAAGAACGGCGGGAGCUCUCUUUCCGACGAGGACGACUACUCGGAGGAGGAGGAGCCCGACGAUUCGGAGGAGCCCGAGCACGCCGACGAUUCGGAGGAGCACGAGCACGCCGACGAUUCGGAGGACCAGAAGCCCGAACACGCCGCGGCCGACGACAAGAGCGGCGGGAAGCGGGCUGCUCCUUGCUCGAGGCCAAUCAUCUCCGGUGCUUCCCACGUCGACGAGAGGACCAAGAACCGCGACCUGCAGAUCGACAACCUUAGAGAGGACUCGCGCAGGUUCGCGGACUAUGCGGCGGGCACAUCGAUGGCCUCCGAGGCCGUCUCCUUCCUGAGAGCCGUCGAGGAGUUCAGCACCGGAAAGCAGAGAACAAAGAAGAAGAUUAUGGAGACGGAGCUGAGCAAGAAUGGACGAUUCCUAUGCGCUGCAGCGGGCCGGGCUCCUCCUUCCGAGGCCGGUGUCGCAGCUGUCGCAGUCAAGAUCACGGGAGAUUCCCUCGACAUCCUGUUGUCUUCAGAGGACCGGGCCUCCACACCCUGCGCCUUCUUGCGGCCGUGGCUAGACCGACUCCGGGCAGCUACGUCGGGACCGGAGCCGACUCUUCCCCUCCAUCGCGAGCGACAGGAGAAGGAAACUGAAAAGCGGCAGGCGCUGUUUGGGGUAGCUCUGGCCGUUCUGCUUGCACUGCUAACAACUGCAGCCGGUGUACAUGUGUUUCCUUCGGCAUUAGGACCAUGGAUAGCAAUAAUCGGCGCUCUGUUCUGGAUAGCGAUCAGCUGCGGACUUGUCCUGGACCUGUACGGCAACACAAAGUUGGAGUUUCAGAUCGCAGCUUGCCUCAGCCGCCUGGGCAUUGGUGGGUGUCACAAUACUAUUCUGCCUCUUCAUCUUCGGAGCAUUCUUCCCCUCCGCGACGAUCACCAUGUGGGUUCUGGUAGGCUUGGCGCUGGCCUUGCACGCUCUCUUAUGCGUCCUGAGCCGGACGCAAGCGCGAGGUGACGACCAGGCCUCCACCAGCUAGGCGCCGGCGAAGCUAAACAAGCAAGCAGAAGGCGAGCAACACCUGCAGCUGCACUGCAGGCGCAGUUUACAACUCUAGGCCACCUAGAGCUGUACGUACACAUCAUUCACCGUGAAUAUGUGCUAGUAUAAGUACUCGUACGUGCAUCUGUGGGUACGCUGCUUGAUUACUCUCCGGUCAGUUUUGCAAAUACCUGUACUUAUAUUAGUUGGAGCCCCUUUGGAUUUUCUUC